UCUUCAGUGGUAAUCUUAAUGGCAUGGUGCAUGGUGCAUCAUCGCAUUAAUAUGUAAAACAAGAGCACUAUAAUUCCAAUUUCCACAAACAUUUCGAUCGCCGAAGCGUAUAAUUUGUAACUGUCGCAUCACGCUCUGGAAGCGACAAUAAUUUUUCUCAUAAAUUUCAGAUUACCAAUGUUAAUGUGCCAACAGGCAAGAUGUUGGAGAAUUUAAAUUUGAUUUUCUUAGUGACAACAAAAUCGUCAAGCGCGUAUGUGUUCGUUGGUAGCACCUUUGAGAAGAUCUUGAAACAAUUUUUUUUUUCUUUGAAAUGUUUCCGAUUCUGUUACUAAUAAAUGUCGUGCUGUGCGAAGCUGAAUGGAUAAAAAUCUCACAGAUUCCAACCAGUGAAUUUCAAAUGUACACCACUCCAUCAACAGUCAAUGCUGCCGAGAUAGUCAACAGCAAUGCGCCCAUAAAAUAUGAAGAUUUGGAGCACAUUAUCGGACCGGGAUUCGAAGAUGAAUUGGAGAAAUUCUAUCAACGGCACAAAUCGGAAGUGGAACGAAAAAGGCCUGACGAUAGACCGAAGAACAAAGGCACAGCGACGCGACCAGCUGCUUACGAAGACGAUCCGUGGAGUGUGUAUGAUAAUCCGGUACAUAUCAGUGUGAUAAAUGAACCGAUCAAUGUUGCCGAUGUCAGUGACACAGAACAAGACGAAAAGACAAUGCUGAACGAUAAACAUCGGUAUGAGGAAUACGACGAAACUGACCGUGUGAGUGGUGGUUCAUCGAAUGAAAAUCACGAACGCGUGACGAUGAGACCGGUUACAAAUCGAUACGAAGAAUAUGACGAAACUGAUCAUGUGAGUGGUUCGUCGAAUGAAAAUUAUGAAAAUGUUACCAGGAAACGUGGUACACCUGCGAAAGUGGUUCAAGUGAAAUUUGUUAAAGCGACACCGACGGUGGAACCGUUCAGCUUCGGCGGCUUUAUCAAAUUCUUGAGAGACAUCCAAUCGACGUUUGUGUCCAAAACAGCGAGAAGCAUUAAGGACAAAAUUCGAACGCUAGAACAGUUUCGCGAUGAUAUUUUAAUCAACAUCCAUGACCGCAUACAGAAUUUAUGGUCAGCAACACCAGUCAUACGCAGCAAACGUGGAAUAAUUGAUGGUCACCACGGCGGAGGUAUGGAGUUUCCAUCGUCCGAGGGAGCUUUGAUGACAAUUUCGUUUCUAACAUUUGCUGUUUUCCUAAUCAAAUUGGUUUUGCAAGUCAUCAACACCAUCAAAAGCAAACAUUACUCGAUGGACAAAAUCAAUGGCGCUAUGUCGGCUGUUAAAAUCAAUCGCAAUGCCAGAUCGUUAUCCAUGACGCCUGACGAUUUGAACGGGAUGACGAAUAUCCUGCGUGCAAUUGACAAUGUAACAAGAAUGUGAAUUUUGUCGAAUUUGUUUAUUGGAUUCCAAAAAUAAAACUGCUGAAGACUGUGAUUCCCGCAUGCAAUCAUUUUUUGGGUGUCGGUGUCUUGGACGGUAGUUGCAGCACUAAUUUGUUUGACGUAUUUCUGUACUUCACUGCGAUGCUGGUGCAUAUUUU